AUGAAGUAUUCCGCUUACCUCGCCCUCAUUCCCUCGGCGCUUGCCUCGGUGGUUCCCCGCCAGGAUCCUUGCCAGGCUUCAGCCGACGGCUUCGCAUCUCUCAACGGUGGCACCACUGGCGGUGCCGGCGGGACGGUCGUCACGGUCUCAACGCUGGCCGAUCUCGAAAAGUAUGCAGCCGCCGCAGGCCCUCAUGUAAUCAAAGUCGAGGGCCGUAUCCCUGUUGUGCCCUUCGGCAAGGAAGUCAGCGUUUCAAGCGACAAGACGAUUGUCGGCGUUGGAGAGGACGCAGAGAUCUUCCAAGGCGGCUUCAGACUGAUAAAAGUCAGCAAUGUGAUUAUCCGAAACUUGAUCAUCGGCCACUCCAGCGACGGCACCGACAACGAUUACGAUGGAAUCCAGUCAGACACAUCAUCGAAUAUCUGGAUUGAUCAUUGCCUUUUUGAAGAAGCCGGCGACGGUCUCGUCGACCUCCGCAAAGAUACAAACUACUUUACCGUCUCGAACAACAUUUUUCGCAAACAUGACAAGGCCUUCGGCAUCGGGUGGACAGAAAACGUCGUCGCUCGUGGCACUAUUCACCACAACUGGUUUGACUCGACGAACCAGCGCAACCCUUCAGCUGACAACUUGGCUGAGGCACACUUGUACAACAACUUGGUCAGUGGUGUGACUUCGUACGGGCACUACGUUCGUGGUGCCACGACGGCUGUUAUUGAGAAUGUGUUCUUUGAGGAUACGAAGAAUCCAAUUACGCGGGAUGAAGGAGCGGCGCUCCGCACGAAGGGGAAUAUCUUCGAGGGCACUGGCGGGACGAUUGCGAAGGAUGCUGGAGAAGCCUUUGACCCGGCUUCGUACUACUCGUACACGUUAACGAAGACGGCGGACGUACCGGCCUUUGAGAAGAACCAAGAGAAACCCGGUCCGCCGUACGAGGGCAUGCUCGUAGCCGAGGAUAUCAUGCCCAGAAUGUGGCAGUAG